CCUAUAAAUCGGCAUUGUACAGUUUAAAAUACAGUAGAACCUCUCUAUCAAGGACUGACAAGUGCUGUCCUUAAUAGAGAAGUGGUGUCCUUAUUAGAAAGGUGUCCGCUAAAGGGAGGUUCCACUGUACAUGAAAUUAAGCUGCCAACAUAUCAUCAUAUUAAUGGUGGCAGAUACCUUCAUGCAUUUUGUAGUAACUCAUUUAAUUUGUAAUUUCGAGAGAGAAAAUUGGUCCAAGGUCACGGUAAUACUAUAUCAUACCCACAUGCAUAGCAAAUAUAGGUUCUUAGCACCGUGUGAUAGAGUCUGGUUACUCUAAGGAUAGAUUCAGUAAGCGGCCGGCUCUACCUCAACGUGUUCGCCUGGGCUCCGGCAUGUCAGAAUUCCGCCAAAAUGUCCGAGACCUACGAUUUCACUGACUACGAAGCGGAACUGGCUGCAGUAUCAGCCACGAAACCUAGCAUGAGCGGCGUAAAGACGGACCCGGAAUCAUUCCGAAUACCAGGCCAGUAUGAGGUGAACGGUAUGCCAUUAGGGGCCUUUACACCGAAAGGUCAUCUCGGGGAGAUCAAGACGCUAGACUUUGAGAAGAGUGAUAUCUUGCUGGCAUCAUAUCCCAAAACAGGGACCACAUUGACGCAGGAGAUUACGUACCUUUGUCGCCACGACGGUGACACGGAUAAGGCUAACCAGACCUUCAACUACAUUCGCACGCCGUACCUCGACAACGCCUGGCCCGAUCAUACCAACGGUCUAACGCUCUUUAAGAAAACAGAACACCCUCGGCUGUUGAAAACGCAUCUACCCUUCGAAUACAUGCCUGAGCAGAUCCUAAGCAAGGGAAUACGGUGUAUAUACGUGAUGCGAAACCCCAAGGAUACCCUUGUCUCCUAUUACUAUUUCUAUAAGAGUACGUCAUCAUUUGGCAAAUUCCCCGGUCUCUGGAGCGACUUCUUCGAGAUGUUCUUGUUGAACAACCUCUGUUAUGGGAACCUCAUAGAUAACUACCUCAGCUGGUGGGAGCAUCGAGACAAACCCAACAUCCUUUUCCUCUUCUAUGAGGACUUACUGAGGUUCCCCAAGCGUGAGAUCAAGAAGAUUGCCGCCUUCUGCGACAGGCCAGACAUGCCUGAUGCGACCAUUGACAAGAUCACGGAGGCCACCUCCUUCAAGAACAUGAAAUCCAACCCAAAGACGAACUACACGUCCAUCCCGGAGGACAUUGAUUGUUCUGUGAGUGCAUUUAUGAGGAAAGGCUUAAUUGGCGAUUGGAAGAAUCACUUUACAAUCGCACAAAAUGAAAUAAUGGACAAGAUACUGAAAGAAAGACUCGCGGGAACUGGUCUUGACUUCGUCUACGAAGCCUAGAAUGAUUUCACAGUAGACAUGCUGUGUACAGGUUCCGUUUACGGGACUAUAUAGAUUCUUCGGUCCAACGGCCUAAAGGGUGAACCGAAAGCAAGUAGCCUGGCCUGCAGUUCUUUCUUUAACUAAAUUUCAGAAAACAUGUGUUGAGGUGAUAGAUGAACUAAAUAAUAAGUCAAAUUGUUCAAUAUAUGUCAUUUAUUGGCGUAAAUGCUGGACAGCUGCAUGCAAAUCACGUUGAUUCCCCACAGGUUUAAUACAUGUCAGAGAGUAGAUAAGUGUGUUUGCGAAUUAUAGGUGCUAAAUAUCAUGACAGUGUUGCUCUA